AUGGCUGAGAAAGAAGGAUCUGCUGUUCCCCCGGCCGCGAAGGGUUCGUGGGGCAGCUUCCUCAAGUCGAUCGCAUCCUUCAACGGCGAUCUCUCGACUAUGACCGCGCCCGCGUUCAUUCUCUCCACAACAUCCCUCACCGAGUUCUCCUCCUACUGGACCGAACACCCCUCUGUAUUCGUCGCACCCGCCGCCGAGAAGGAUCCUGCCAGACGCGCUGCGCUCGUGCUAAAAUGGUUUCUGAGCACGUUGAAGCAGCAAUACGCCAGCCGAAGUGAGAAGCUGGGCAGCGAGAAGAAGCCCUUGAACCCCUUCCUGGGCGAGCUGUUCUUGGGCAAGUGGGAGGACCAGGCAGGUACCACACAGCUCGUCAGCGAGCAAGUCAGCCAUCACCCACCUGUCACUGCAUACUCCAUCUGGAACCAGCAGCAUGGCGUCCGCCUGCAAGGGUACAAUGCACAGAAGGCCUCCUUCUCGAGCACCAUUAACGUCAAGCAAAUCGGCCACGCCACUCUCCACAUCGACGCAUACGACGAGGACUACUUGAUCACCCUUCCCUCGCUGCACAUCGAAGGCCUCAUCACAGGUUCCCCUUACGUCGAGCUGAACGGAUCUUCCUACAUCACCUCCUCGUCCGGAUAUACCGCCAAGAUCGACUACAGCGGCAAGGGAUGGGUCUCUGGCAAGAAGAACCGAUUCUCUGCUUCGCUCUACCCUACAGGAAAGGAGAAGGACGUGAUCUACUCAGUCGAAGGCCAAUGGAUCGACAAGUGGAUCAUCAAGGAUGCUAAGAACAAGUCCAAUUUCUCCUCGCAUGAUCCCGCAGCAAACAAGACCACACCUCUUAUAGUCGCAGCCAUCGCCGAGCAGGACGACUUUGAGUCCCGCCGCGCAUGGAAGAAGGUCGCUGAUGCUAUAGUAAAGGGCGAUAUGGAUACUACCAGUGCUGAGAAGUCCAUCAUCGAGAAUCGUCAGCGUGAGAUGCGCAAGGAAGAGCAAGCAGCAGGACGCGAAUGGGAGCGCAAAUUCUUCACCCGCACUGAGAAGUCGCCAGUCUUCGAGCAACUAGCCUCCAAGGUCGGGGAGAAGACUAAUGAGUCUCUGACAAACGGCAUCUGGCUGUUCGAUCAGGACAAGGCGAGUGCUGCGAAGUCGCCAUACCACCCUGACGUUAGCCCUCCGAUCUAUCAGCAGAAAUAA